AUGGAGUUACUGUUGAUAGUAUUGCCUGAAGUGGUGUGUAAGGAUCCUGGCGUUCAAUGUGACUUUCAUCAGCCUCUUCCUAUUCAGCAUACUUAUCAUCAGUUUGGAGACAUUAAUAUUGCUGGCAUUGUUUCUGCCUACUUUGCAUCUUCUAAUCCCAUUAAAUUUAUUGAAGAUCCUUCUCAGGGAUUUCAUGAUGGACUUAUAAUAGUUUUUCAGAAUUACCAGCAUGUUCUGACUUUAGCAUUUACUAUAAAACAGAUUAAUGAAAAUCCUCAGAUCCUACCCAACAUCACGUUGGGCUUCCACAUUUUUAACAGCAAUUUUAGUCCAAGCUGGACUUACUUCGCCUCAAUGCUUCUGCCUUUCACUCAGGGAAAAUUCAUCCCUAACUACAAGUGUGGGGUCCCAAAUACCUUGGCUGCAGUCAUUGGGGCACCUGACAUCUCUCUUCACAUGGCAACUGUGCUCUGCAUCUACAAAAUUCCUCAGUUGAUAUAUGGCUCUGCUCCAGUCAUGGAUAAAGAGACUCAAGCGGUUUUCUUCCAACAAAUGUUUCCGAAUGAAUCCCACCAACAUAAUGGCCUCCUGCAGUUAUUGCUGUAUUUUAGAUGGAUCUGGAUUGGAAUUCUUGUAGUAAAGGAUGAGAAAGGAGAGAAAUUUGUCCAGGAGGUUCUCCCCACAUUUUCUGAGCAUGGCAUCUGCACUGAGUUCAUAGCAGAGUUCCCAAAUGUAGCUUUUCACAGCGAUUUUACUGAUACCAUAGAUGAAGGGCUACAUAUCUACCAUGUCCUCAUGAACAGCACUGCUAAUGUGGUAAUUUUAUAUGGUGAAAUUCAGUCCUUAGCAGCUCUGAGAAGCUUCCUCCAGUUUUCAGAAGUGGAGGAUAUACCAAAGAAGAAUAAGAUCUGGCUUAUAACUGCUCAGACAGAUUACACCUCAGUUGCCGUUCAUAAAUUUUGGGAUAUCCAUUUUCUACAUGGUGCUUUAUCCUUUGUAGUUCAUACCAAGGAGAUCCAAGACUUCCAGGAAUUUCUUCAAAACCUGAAUCCAAACAGCAACAACCAGCACGAUCAUUUUCGGAAAGAUUUUUGGGAACAGGCAUUUGAUUGUUUCUUUGCAAACUCAAAAACUGAGAUCUCUGGGAAGAAAUGUACUGGACAGGAGAGGCUUGAGACCCUUCCCACAUCUGUGUUUGAAACACUAAUGAGUGGCCAGAGUUACAAUAUUUACAAUGCAGUCUAUGCUGUGGCACAUGCUUUGCAAUCUCUGUAUUCAUCCAAAUCCAGGCAAAAAACAUUUGUUAAAGAAGGGAGGAAACAGUUUCAUAAUCAAGCAUGGUGGCAGGUUCAUUCUUUUCUGAGAAGUGUCAGAUUCAACAACAGUGUUGGUGAAAAGAUCUCCUUUGACAAAAAUGGAGAAUUCAUUGGUGGAUUUGAUAUUAUCAACUGGAUCACAUUCCCAAACCAAUCCUUUGUGAGGGUCAAAGUUGGAGUAAUAGAUCCCACAGCUCCAGCAGACAAGUUCUUCAAUAUUUCUGUGGAUUCCACCACGUGGCCAGUAGGCUUUAAUCAGGCAUUACCUCUAUCUUUGUGUAAUGAUCCUUGUGAGACAGGAUACAGCAAGGCCAAGAAAGAAGGGGAGUCCUUUUGCUGCUAUGAUUGCCGCCUAUGUCCAGAAGGGAAAAUAUCAAAGGAGAAGGACAUAGAUGACUGUUCUCCAUGUCCAGAAGACCAAUAUCCAAAUCCUGACAAAAAUAUGUGCCUUCCAAAGAGGAUCACCUUUUUGUCCUAUGAAGAGCCCAUGGGGAUCAGUCUGACUGUUCUUUCUCUUUGCUUCUCAUUGAUGACAACUUUGGUAAUCACAAUCUUUGUGAAACACAAAUUUACUCCCAUUGUCAAAGCCAACAAUAGGAAUCUCACUUAUUCACUCCUAGUUUCUCUUCUCCUUUCUUUCCUUUGUGUCUUUCUAUUUGUUGGGAGACCCAAUAUGAUUGUGUGUCUCUUUCGACAACCAGCUUUUGGCCUCAUCUUUUCUGUGGCAGUUUCUUGUGUAUUGGCCAAAACCUUUGUUGUGGCUCUAGCAUUCAUGGCCACCAAGCCUGGUUCCAAACUGAGGAAAUGGGUGGGGGGAAGAAUGGUCAGUUUAAUUCUUCUAUCCUGCUUCCUUGUUCAAAUUUGUUUUUGUGCUGCAUGGCUGAUAACCUCACCACCGUAUCCAGAUUUUGAUGUGCAUUCAAUACCUGAAGAACUUAUCCUGGAGUGUAAUGAAGACUCGAUCAUGUUCUACUGUGUUUUGGGUUUUAUGGGUUUUCUUGCUCUGGUUAGUUUCUCUGCUGCUUUUCUAGCUAGGAAUUUACCUGACAGUUUCAAUGAAGCCAAAUUCAUCACCUUCAGCAUGUUGGUCUUCUGCAGUGUUUGGCUGUUCUUUAUUCCAACCUAUCUAAGCACAAAGGGAAAAUAUACAUUGGCUGUGGAGAUCUUCUCAAUGAUCUCCUCCAGUGCUGGCUUAUUGGUGUGUAUCUUUUUCCCCAAGUGUUUUAUCAUAGUAAUCACACCCGAACUGAACAAUAAACAACAGCUCAUGAAAAGAAAGUUUUAA